AGAGGUUAGGGAGGGGGCUUUUGAAACAAGAUCGUUCAAAAACAUAUCCCAUGGAGAUUGUUAGUUUCGUUUUCCUUGUCGAAAGCCCUUGAGUGCGAAGUUUGUUGAUAUUUGUGGUCUUGAAAACCAAGCAUUUUACAAUGUCGAAUAAUUGAUCAUUAGAGGGAAUGUCUACUUGCGAGUUAAGUUGUGUAUCUAUAAUCACAACAAGACAUCAUGAAUGAGCAGCAGAGAUUUUUACUAAUCUCAAACAAAAAGAAUAUUGGUGAUGACCUCAGGCCAGAGGAUGUGUUUAGUUAUCUUCAAAGCAAGAUAGUUCUGGAUUUGGAUGAAGUUGAACUUGUGAAAACUGAGAAAACAAGUAGACGAAGAACGGAGAGAUUGCUAAAUACAUUAUUGGAUAAAGGAAGCUCAGCAUUUGUCUAUUUUCAUGAUGCAUUGAUUGAUGCUGGUUAUGAGCAUUUAGCUGAGUUACUUUCAUCUGGCAUUGAUGAAAAUGAUGCAGUACCUGGAUCCGAUGAUGAAGAAGAGGGCUAUUUCUCAGUUGAAGCGAUUCUAAGAGAUGGAGGGGUUCCACAAAGACCUGCUGUCCAUGCAAAACGGCCGAAGGAAAUUGAAAAACUGAAGAAUGCUCUUAGCAAGCUAAAAAAUGGUGAUGGAUGGGUGUUACUGCAUGGAAUGGCGGGAUCUGGCAAGACUGUCUUGGCUUCUGAAGUUUUAACUGACAAAGACCUUCUUCACGACUGCUUCCCAGGUGGAGUAUUCUGGGUGUCAAUUGGUGUUGUGGAUGCUGCAAGGUUGCUGAUGAAGAUGCAGAAUCUGUGUGCUAGACUAGAUUCUGAGAAUACUCAUCGUGUGCCUAGAAACUUAGAAGAGGCAAGAGAUAGGAUAAGGAUUCUGUUUGCACAUGAUCAUCCAAGGUCAUUGUUGGUUCUAGAUGAUCUCUGGACAAAAGAGGAUGCAAGGUAUUUUGAUGUUAGAGCGAGAACACUUGCAACAAGCAGAAAUGUUUUUGUAGCAGAAAAUAUCACAGGCAAUGUCCUGAAAGUGCAUAUUGAGGAAGGACUUACUGACGAUCAAUCGAAGUCUGUGUUAUCUCAAUGGGUUCAUUCCGAUGCCUCUACUUUGCCAGUUGAAGCAGCAGGGUUGAUAAACGCCUGCCAGGGCUCUCCAUUGGCCAUUUCUAUGAUCGGUGCACUGUUGAAAGCGCAUUCUAAUAGAUGGGAAUACUACCUUAAGCAACUACAAGAUCAUAAAGUGAGCAAAUUAAAAUCGAAAUUGGCCUACGAGUAUCCAACUUUAUGUGAUGCCAUCGCAAUAAGUGUAAGCAGCUUGCCAGAUAAAGUUAAGCGGAAAUAUGAAUACUUUGCCAUAUUCGAAGAAGAUAGCAGAAUUCCUGCGAAAGUCCUUGGUCUUCUUUGGGGCGAAGAUGUAAGUAACUGCUUCGUUUUUAUUGUUUACUGAUUUUGUCACAGACACAGUCAAAAAACA